CAGAAUUCCAGAAGUUUUGUGCUCUUAACAGCAUUAAGCAUAUCAGAACCCCUCCGUAUCACCCACAAUCAAAUGGGCAAGUCGAGAGAUUCGUCGACACUUUUAAGAGAGCGUUACUCAAAGCCCAGGGGGAAGGAAGAUUAGAAGAGAUAUUGUAUAAGUUCCUGUUUGCUUAUCGUUCAACACCGAAUCGUGAGACGGUCGGUGAAGUGUCCCCUGCGGAAGCUAUGCUUAGAAGAAAAAUCAGAACGCCAUUACAUAGUUUGAAGCCAAAUUUUGAAAUGACUAUCGAACGUAAUUCCAGAAUGGAAAUACAAUACAACAAGAAGCAUGGAGCGAAGCCCAGAAGAUUCUUACCCGGACAAAAGGUUUGGGUACGUGAUUUUCAUCGUAAAACAAUGGAGUGGGUUCCUGGAAUUAUUCUAAGGAACAGAGGAAGAGUUAUCUAUGAGGUCGGAGUAAGCAAUAUGAAAUGGCUAAGACAUGCUAACCACAUCCGACCGUCCAGAUGCGAUGACGGGAAUGAAGUUAAGCUGAGUACUCCGAUGCCGUUAAACAUGUUACUUGAUUUGACUGACAGAAGCAAUCAGAAAACGAAAGCAGUGGAGACAAGAACAGCAUCAUUUCUAAGGAAAUCACAAAGAAUUCGACGGAAACCAAACAGGAUCAAAGUGAACCCCUAUGAUAAAUCUUACCGAUGAUGUUUAUUUUUCUUUUCAAAAUAAAAGGGGGAGGUGUUAUGGCGGGCACUUAAAGAAGAUUGACUAUCUCCUAAAACUGUUUUUUCUGCUUAAGAUUCAUUAUUUUUGGUUGUAUACAAAGUAAGCAUUUUAUUCCUAUUAUUGUGACGUUGCUCUUAUCCUAUACUCUUGUUUGAGGCAUUAACUGUUGUUAUAUCAUUUCUCAUUUAUGAACUAUAGUUAAUUGACUGCUAUGCGUUACCCCAGUUCACACUCACUAUUACUGUUAUUUUGUAUUGAUGUCAGUUUUCUAAUUGGUUUACGAUGCAGUCUGAUUUUGCAUGUAUAUAAAGGCAUGAUUGAAAUAAUAAACGAUCUGAUCUGAUCUGAUCUGUCUCACAAGUCGUUGUUUUUUU